CAUGCUUUAUGUUUCAGUUGAAAUGAAAAAAGAUCGUACGAAUUCUAUGCAGAAUCGUCAAUCUGUGUUUGAUAGUCAAGUGGAAGACAUUAACGUGUUACAGACGAAACUUUUGUUUGUAUCGCGAUCAAAGUGCAUUGCAUUCGAAAAAUUUUUAGGACCCCAACCAAGACCUUUAGUAUAUAAUUGACAUCUGCAAAUUGUCAAACACAGUCUCAAUAUGACGAACAACUACAAUUCGGAAUGGCGGAUUUAUGCAAAAAUCGUUGCCAUUAUCGACUUGAUUUUCGUAGUCAUGCAAUUGCUAUUGUGCUUGUUCAUGAUCUUCUUUGCCGGUGCAGUUACUGUCGCAAUCUCUGACAGAUCUACACAUGCACACCGACCAGAGGGAGUAGAAGUUGCAGCAUGGACUCUCUGGUUUUUUGUUGCAAUUACUGUUAUACAGACAGGCGUCGGUCUAUGGGCAGCUGUACAGCUAAUCAAAGCUACAAAAUUGGGACGAGAAUCAGAAGAUGCUUAUAAGCGUGGUCAUUCCUGGCAAAUUGUCUGGCUCGUCUUCAUUGUGAUUAACGUCGUAUUAGGCUGCAUUGCAGGGAAAUACGUUUUGACUUCUGUAAAUGUAUUGAUUCGAGUCAUUUUCAUGUUCAUCGUGUUCCGUUAUAUGCAAGAGGUUCAAGCAGCCUUCAUCACAACGCCCCCACAAAUCAUCCAAAGAGUUUGAAUCAAGCAGCACUAGAACCAUUUUUUUUAAACCGACAUAACGUCACUAUUUUGACAUUUACUACAUAUGAACUGAUUUCACAAAAUCAACCUUGCAAUCAACUGCAUAAAUCGCAUAAAUUAAGUGA